CAACAAAUGUUACAAAAAUCCUGGAUUUAAUGCGCUGCUGUAUGAUUAUCACAAAGCCUGUGAAUGAAAUGCACAGUCCAGACUUUUUAUCGAGGCAUUACGAGUGAGGAGCCCAGUGUGUGUUAUAUUAUCCUUGGAAAAGAUGGGACGGUGUGCGAGUAUUGCCCUGGCUGUGCUGGGUCUGCUGCUGGUGUUGGUGACAACGGUGCCUGCAGGACAGCCCUGCCCCAGACCCUGCUCCUGCCACCCGCCCUCAGAGCUCCACUGUACCUUUCGCUCUCUGCUCUCCAUCCCCCCAGGCUUGCCCAAACACUCCCGCCACAUCAACCUGGGGUUUAAUAGCAUCAGCAGGAUUGGGAUACAUUCCUUCUCUGGGCUGAAGAGGCUGGAGCUGCUAAUGCUCCAUGGAAACGACAUUCAGGAGAUUCCAGACGCAACGUUCCGAGACCUGGGCACCCUGCAGGUCCUAAAGCUGAGCUACAACAAGUUAAGUCAGAUCAGCGCCCAAUCCUUCUCCGGGCUCUCCACUGUGCUCCGCCUUCACCUGGACCACAACCGCCUGCGGUUCCUCCACCCGCGAGCCAUGCUGCAGCUCCCAGCUCUCCGCCUGCUUCGCCUGCAGGGCAACCAGUUGCACCAGCUCCACCCCCAGGCCUUCUGCACCCUCUCUCUGAUGCACACCUACUGCCUCUCCACCCUCCGACAUCUGGACAUAUCCAACAAUAGCCUGAGUGGUCUCCCCCAGGACAGCCUGGCCACAGCGCCCCUUCUGGAGACUUUGGGACUGCAGGCCAACCCUUGGAGCUGUGACUGUAGCAUGGCUUGGCUGCAACCCUGGAGCCUCAAACACCCAGGUGUGCUGAAAUGCCCAGGAGGACCACAGUGUCCGAUCUGUGAGUCACCCAAUCACCUGAAAGGGCGUGGCCUCAUCCAGCAGACUGACCUACCCUGCACUUCACCUGUAAUCUCCUCCCCGCGUAGAGACCUUCCCCGUGAGGAAGACCACAGUGAGAUUCAGCCAAUUGAAGCAUGGAGAGAACAACUAGGCCACACCUCUCUGACCUUGUCUGACCAACAAGGAAACAAUGUCGACCUCAGCUGCAACGUGACUGAUUCUGCAGAAACUCCUGACGUCACCCCUGCUGACCUUUCCUCUAUGCCCCUCUCCUUGUCUCUCUCCCUGUCCCUGGACUGCCCUGUGGAAAGGGGAAGCUAUGAGAGGGUGUGGAGGCUGCUGGCCUACUACAGUGAGACAGCUGUCAGGCUGGACAGGGAGAUCAUGCUGAGCAAACCCCCCAGGUUGGCCUACCGCUACAAACAGGCUGCAGAGAGGGAGGGUUACUACCACACUGGGGUCAGGGCCUCUGUCACAGCCACCCCCGCCUGGCUGAUGCAGCCGGCCCUCAGCCUGCAGCUCGAUAGAGCCCAGUCUGGUAGUCGCACGGUUAAACUUGUCCUCAGCACCAGCGUGUCAGCGCAACCCGCCCCUGUCCCGUCUGCCUCUGUUUCAUCACACAAAGCUCACCCCUGGGUCCUCAUCUCCACCAACCACACGCCCACAGCCCUGGCUACAGUGGCAGGCAGCAAAGUGGAGCUCGCCUGCCCCGUUCUCAGCUCGGCAGAACCCAACCUUCAGUGGGUGUUCCCAGAUGGAUCCCAUCUCUCCCCCACUUCCUAUAGCUCAGAUGGUAGGGUCGAGGUGUCAAGCACCGGUUUGAUCUUGCACAGAGUAAAACUUUCAGAUGCCGGACUGUACCACUGUGUAGCCCGGGUAGGGAAGGAGGUGGAUGUUCUACCUGUACGCAUGGCAGUGGAGGAAUCCUCUGACCCUCCCCCAGGAGAACAGGGAGCUCCUGCGGUGAUAGGAUUGGCUGGGGAGUCUGUUAGUCUGCCGUGUAAGACUUCUGGAUCACCGGCAGCAGAAGUGAGUUGGGUGCUGCCUGACGGUCGAGUGGUGAAAUGGGCCGGGGUCUCGGAAGGGUCCCCCUCUUCACAGGUAUUUGUUUUGAGAGAUGGGAGCUUGUCCCUCCCCCUCCCUGGCCGAAGCAAUGCAGGUCAAUAUCGUUGUGUGGCAGUCAACGAGCAUGGCGUUGACGCCCUCUCCACCCACCUGUCUCUAACCCAAAGCCAGGCCACACCACUGCGGGCAUUUCCCCGGAUGUCUCAACUGGCAGCUAGGGUGUCAACCAGGACACCAGCUCCUCUAGAGGGGGAAGGGUCUGGAUAUGGGGACAAGGAAGAGAUGGAAGAAGAGGAGAGAACCCCCUCCAUCAAUAGGGAACGUCCCAGACCGGCUAUGCCCCCUCAGACCAGAUGGCGCCCCCCCGGUCCCCCACACAGGCGUGUUCCAGGUGGAGGUCAGGAGAGGAGAACAGGUCCCCCAGUGGAGCAGAGGAGGAACAGGCUGGAAGGCAGGCGGAGGGUGAACAUGGCCAAACAUAAGAUUGACCCGCAGAGAUGGGCUGACAUUCUGGCCAAGAUACGCCUCAGAACUGCCCCUAAUGCCACCCAGCCAACCGUGGGACCUGAUGCCACCAGGGAACCUACUGCACAGCCAAUUAGCAGUCAGCCAGGAACAGGAAGGAAGGGAGAGUCACAAACGGGCUCAGCUGAUACCACAGAGGGCUCCUCAAUAGAUGAUUCCAUUCUGCAGGAGGAAGGCUUACAGGCUGUUCAUACCCACAGAGACACAAAUAAACAGUCUGGCACAGACACAGAGACAGAUACAAGAACAGAAACAGGAAAAGAAAUGACCACCUCUACAGUGACCACCAAGCCCAUUCCCAGUUCUAAUGACAUAAGUCGAUUGAAUGGAGAACAGUAUGUCCAUACAGGUAGAACCAGACCGCAGAAUCCCAGGCAAGGAACAUUCACCAAUUCUGUUCCCACGCGGCCCAGAAGGCCUUGGGAUGCCCGUAGAAGGCUGGGCCCAAGGAGACGCAUAACCAGGCCUGGGGCACAACCUCACCCUGACCUUGCAACCCCUGACCUCACCACCGCUGGGCCACAGGGUGGAGCCACAACUGAAUCAACCACUAGAUCCUCUGUUCUGCUGCCUACCACCACAUACACAAAGACCCCUGCCCCCUCUCCAGUCCCCAUCUCCCCCACAAUCCAUCCCCCUGCUUCUACCUCUUCACCCCAGACACACACAGACAGGCUGACUCACUCAGUAAACUCUGCGGAUAAAAUCCCAGUCAUUCCUGAAAAUACACACUUGCUCAAACAGGCACACACUCCCACACACACACACACGGGUAAACAAAGUCAGCGGACAAAGGAUGUUUCCCAACCCUAUGUGUAUUCCCCGUCUCUGACAGUCCAGCCCUUUCACAGUGAACCCACAGCAGUGCAGGGCCCCACUUUCCUCACGCCAGACAACCAUGAGGAGGUUACAGCCUAUGAAGAACAAACAUCAGAAUCAUCCACAGAAGCCAGAACAGAACCUUCCACCAAGCCUGUUAUAGAACAUACAACUGAGGGGAACACAGAACCCAUCACAGAAUCCAUUUUAGAACUGACCUCAGAGCCGACAAUAGAACCCAGAACACAACUCAUCACAGCAACUACCACAGAACCCACCACAGAACCGACUACCUUACUAACUACAGAAACUGCAGUUCAUACUGUUACUGCUAGCACUUCUUCUACGAUUAACUAUGCACCUUCCACUGGAAUUACUACUACACUUUCACUUACCUCUACAUUUUUGACCACCACAACAGAACUGAAACCAAUACCAAUCCCCAGAGAGAAGCCCAGUCCUGGACUACCAGACUCUAGAGAGAAGCCCAGUCCUGGGUUAUCAGACCCCAGAGAGAAACCCAGUCCUGGAUUAUCAGACCCCAGAGAGAAGCCCAGUCCUGGAUUAUCAGACUAUAGAGAGAAACCCAGUCCUGGACAACCAGACUAUAGAGAGAAGACCACUCCUGGAUUAUCAGACUCUAUAGAGAAACCCAGUCCUGGAUUAUCAGACCCCAGAGAGAAGCCCAGUCCUGGACUACCAGACUCUAGAGAGAAGCCCAGUCCUGGGUUAUCAGACCCCAGAGAGAAACCCAGUCCUGGAUUAUCAGACCCCAGAGAGAAGCCCAGUCCUGGAUUAUCAGACUCUAGAGAGAAACCCAGUCCUGGACAACCAGACUAUAGAGAAAAGACCACUCCUGGAUUAUCAGACUCUAUAGAGAAACCCAGUCCUGGAUUAUCAGACACCAGAGAGAAGCCCAGUCCUGGACUACCAGACUCUAGAGAGAAGCCCCGUCCUGGACAACCAGACUAUAGAGAGAAGCCCAGUCCUGGACUAACAGACCCUAGAGAGAAGCCCAUCCCUGGACUACCAGACUCUAGAGAGAAGCCCAGUCCUGGACAACCAGACUAUAGAGAGAAACCCAGUCCUGGAUUAUCAGACUCCAGAGAGAAGCCCAGUCCUGGACUACCGGACUCUAGAGAGAAGCCCAGUCCUGGAUUAUCAGACCCCAGAGAGAAACCCAGUCCUGGACUACCGGACUCUAGAGAGAAGCCCAGUCCUGUAUUAUCAGACUCUAGAGAGAAGUCCAGUCCUGGACUACCAGACUCCAGAGAGAAACCCAGUCCUGGAUUAUCAGACCCCAGAGAGAAGCCCAGUCCUGGACUACCAGAAUCUAGAGAGAAGCCCAGUCCUGGACAACCAGACUCCAGAGAGAAACCCAGUCCUGGAUUAUCAGACCCCAGAGAGAAACCCAGUCCUGGAUUACCAGACUCUAGAGAGAAGCCCAGUCCUGGACAACCAGACUCUAGAGAGAAGCCCAGUCCUGGGUUAUCAGACCCCAGAGAGAAACCCAGUCCUGGAUUAUCAGACCCCAGAGAGAAGCCCAGUCCUGGAUUAUCAGACUCUAGAGAGAAACCCAGUCCUGGACAACCAGACUAUAGAGAGAAGACCACUCCUGGAUUAUCAGACUCUAUAGAGAAACCCAGUCCUGGAUUAUCAGACCCCAGAGAGAAGCCCAGUCCUGGACUACCAGACUCUAGAGAGAAGUCCAGUCCUGGACUACCAGACUCCAGAGAGAAACCCAGUCCUGGAUUAUCAGACCCCAGAGAGAAGCCCAGUCCUGGACUACCAGACCCCAGAGAGAAACCCAGUCCUGGAUUAUCAGACUCUAGAGAGAAGUCCAGUCCUGGACUACCAGACUCCAGAGAGAAACCCAGUCCUGGAUUAUCAGACCCCAGAGAGAAGCCCAGUCCUGGACUACCAGACUCUAGAGAGAAGUCCAGUCCUGGACUACCAGACUCCAGAGAGAAACCCAGUCCUGGAUUAUCAGACCCCAGAGAGAAGCCCAGUCCUGGACUACCAGACCCCAGAGAGAAACCCAGUCCUGGAUUAUCAGACCCCAGAGAGAAACCCAGUCCUGGAUUACCAGACUCUAGAGAGAAGCCCAGUCCUGGACAACCAGACUCUAGAGAGAAGCCCAGUCCUGGGUUAUCAGACCCCAGAGAGAAACCCAGUCCUGGAUUAUCAGACCCCAGAGAGAAGCCCAGUCCUGGAUUAUCAGACUCUAGAGAGAAACCCAGUCCUGGACAACCAGACUAUAGAGAGAAGACCACUCCUGGAUUAUCAGACUCUAUAGAGAAACCCAGUCCUGGAUUAUCAGACCCCAGAGAGAAGCCCAGUCCUGGACUACCAGACUCUAGAGAGAAACCCAGUCCUGGACAACCAGACUAUAGAGAGAAACCCAGUCCUGGACUAACAGACCUUAGAGAGAAGCCCAUCCCUGGACUACCAGACUCUAGAGAGAAGCCCAGUCCUGGACAACCAGACUAUACAGAGAAACCCAGUCCUGGAUUAUCAGACUCUAGAAAGAAACCCAGUCCUGGAUUAUCAGACCCCAGAGAGAAGCCCAGUCCUGGAUUACCAGACUCCCAGGAGAAGCCCAGUCCUGUAUUAUCAGACCCCAGAGAGAAGCCCAGUCCUGGACUACCGGACUCUAGAGAGAAGCCCAGUCCUGGAUUAUCAGACCCCAGAGAGAAGCCCAGUCCUGGACUACCAGACUCUAGAGAGAAGCCCAGUCCUGGACAACCAGACUCCAGAGAGAAGCCCAGUCCUGGAUUAUCAUACCCCAGAGAGAAACCCAGUCCUGGAUUACCAGACUCUAGAGAGAAGCCCAGUCCUGGAUUAUCAGACCCCAGAGAGAAGCCCAGUCCUGGACUACCGGACUUUAGAGAGAAGCCCAGUCCUGGAUUAUCAGACCCCAGAGAGAAGCCCAGUCCUGGACUACCAGACUCUAGAGAGAAGCCCAGUCCUGGAUUAUCAUACCCCAGAGAGAAACCCAGUCCUGGAUUACCAGACUCUAGAGAGAAGCCCAGUCCUGGAUUAUCAGACCCCAGAGAGAAACCCAGUCCUGGAUUACCAGACUCCCAGGAGAAGCCCAGUCCUGGAUUAUCCGACUCUAAAGAGAAGACCAGUCAUGGACUACCAGACUCUAGAGAGAAAUCCAGUCCUGGAUUAUCAGACCCCAGAGAGAAGCCCAGUCCUGGACUACCAGACUCUAGAGAGAAGCCCAGUCCUGGACAACCAGACUCCAGAGAGAAACCCAGUCCUGGAUUAUCAGACCCCAGAGAGAAACCCAGUCCUGGAUUACCAGACUCUAGAGAGAAGCCCAGUCCUGGACAACCAGACUCUAGAGAGAACCCCAGUUCUUUUCUGCCAGACUCUAGAAAGAGGCCUCAUCCUGAGUUAACAGACCUCAUAGAGAAGCCCAGUUCAGGACUACCAGAACCAGAAGAGAAGUCCAGUCCUGGGCUACCAAACCCCAGAGAGAAGCCCAAUCCUGGACUGCCAGACUCUAGAGAGAAGCCCAGUCCUGGAUUAUCAGACUCCAGAGAGAGGCCCAAUCCUGGACUUCCACAUUCUAGAGAGAAGACCAGUCCUGGGCCACCAAACCCCAUAGAAAAGCCCAAUCCUGGACUACCAAACCCAACAGAGAAACCCAGUCCUGGGUUAACAGAGCAGGACAGACAGCCCCCAGUCUGGACAAACCUGGGGGUGAACUCUAUUCCUGACUCCCAUGGCAGUCGACCACUAGUUCCCUUCUCCCCCUCCCUGCCAGUGUCCCCAGGCUUACAGCCAGGAUCCCAGCCGCUGUUGCUGAGAGCCAGGCCCCGUAUUGCUCUACCCCAUGUCCGCACCAUGUCUGUCCCAGCCGAAAGCACAGCUCUGUUGCCCUGUCUUUCUGCAGGAGAGCCAACUCCUGUAAUCACAUGGACCAAGGUUUCAACAGGAGCAGUGAUAUCCGUUCAUUCCAGGGCCCAGCGUUUCGAGGUGCUGCCAAAUGGAACUUUCAUCAUCCGAAGCGUGCAGUUGCAAGACAGGGGGACGUACAUCUGCAGCGCACAGAAUACACUGGGCCGGGACAGGAUGCUGUUGACCCUGGAGGUGUGGACCCGCCCCCCACGCAUGCAGCUUGCCAAUUAUCGCGAAGUAACAGUACACCAAGGAAGUGAAGUGGAGUUGGAGUGUCAGGCUGAUGGAGUCCCCGCCCCUCUCCUCUCCUGGGUUCUACCUAACCGCUCUGCAUUGACCUUUAACCCCGGCCUUAACCCUAGCCCCUCCCCACGGGUGUACGUGCAGCUUAACGGAACUCUGCGUGUCUCAGCAGUGUUGCCGGGUGACAGGGGAGUGUACCGCUGUGUAGGAUCCAAUCCAGCGGGAACAGCAAGCACGUCGGUGCGUCUGCACGUGUCAUCGUUGCCACCUGUGAUCCAGCAGGCCUCAGAAGAGGUGACGGAGCUGCCUGCUGGUCUGCCGCUCUACGCCCACUGCUCCGCAAGGGGAGCCCCGCCUCCUGCAUUGCGUUGGCGAAUCCCCGACGGUACGCUGGUGCGGCCCUCUCAGUUCCUCCGGGGGAACCUGUUCAUCUUUCCCAAUGGGACCCUGUUCAUACGCAGCCUCAUCUUUGAGGACGCGGGCAGCUAUGAAUGCACGGCCAGCAAUGCUGUGGGAGGCGCCAAAAGAACAGUUAGGGUAGAUGUGACUGGAGGGAGAAUCACACCUGCAAUCCCGGGCAAGUCCUCCCCCCUCUUUCCUGCCUCUCCCAGCAACAAGACCAAAAUACCCAUUGUCUCCUCCUCCCAUCAUGCACCCUCAAUUUUCAACAACACUAGAUUCUCCCCCUCCUCACCCCUUUACCCUGCUUCCCCUCAAUCUCCUUCUUCUCCUCUCUCCCCUUCCUCACCCCUCAACAACACCCAAGUUGCCCCCUCUUCGCCUCACUCACCUUCCUCUCCUCAGUCUCCCUCAUCCCCCCUUUCUCCCUCUCACCCUCGGUCUCCUUCUCCUCCCCUAACCAAUUCUAGAGUCUCCCCCCCAUUCCCCUUCUCCCCCUCUUCGCCCCUCAGUAAAGCAAAGAUUAUCUCCACCUCACCCCCUAGUGGUAGAGUCACAUACGGCAGCUCUGUGAUGCUUCACUGCUCCACCUCUGGCAGCCCACAGCCUACUGUCAUCUGGAGAACCCCCAGCAGGAAACUAGCAGACAUAAACUUCAGUUUUGACCGGCGAAUCCAAGUCUUCACUAACGGCAGUCUGUCGAUCCAGGCGGUGACAGAGAAGGAUGGGGGGGACUAUUUAUGUGUAGCACGCAACAAGGUGGGUGAUGACUUCAGGUUGCUCAGAGUCACUGUGGUAACCAAACCAGCCACGAUAGAGUACAAACAGCCGUCCAAUCAGAAGGUCUCGUACGGCGAAGCCCUGAAGGUGGACUGUCAGGCGUCAGGUUUGCCAGACCCGGCCGUGAGGUGGAGCCUGCCAGACGGAACCAUGGUGAACAGCGUGUUGCAGGGAGCGGACCGAGGUGGACGCACACGCAGGCUGGUGGUGUUUGACAACGGGACCCUGUUCCUGUCUGCGGUGGGGAUGAAGGAAGAAGGGGAGUACACAUGCUACGCUGAGAACCAGGGGGGUAUGGACCAGAUGAGGGUGAGGGUGAGAGUCCUGCCCUCUCCACCCUCCUUUCCAGGUCAAAGCAGCUAUGAGGUAAUCAAUGUGAGACCUGGAGGGGCAGUGACUCUGCGCUGUGGGGUCAAAGGGGAACCUUCCCCCACCGUCACAUGGCUGUCCCCUGCCAAUCGUGUGAUCACACGAGGUUCUUGGCCAGAGCGUAUUCUGGUGAUGUCAGAUGGGUCUCUGGUGAUCCAGGGGGCCAGGGGGGGUGACGGAGGAAACUAUACCUGCAGAGCCAGCAACGCAGGUGGGGUGAACAGCAGAGUGGUGGGACUACAGGUGGAGGUCCCCUACCCAACAUUCACUGGCCCUGGGAGGGGAGACACCCAGAUACUUAUGAAUGGACGAGGGGCAAGCAGGGGUGGUACUGGGGUUAGCAGUAGGGAUGGCAACAGUGCAGGGUAUGGGAGAGUACCUGAGAGUAGUGCAGGGUAUAGCAGGGUGGGAAGUGGGGUAGUUAGUGGAGGGGUGAGUGGGGAGAGCGGUCAAGCUGGUGAUCAAAGUAGUAGGGCUAGUGUCAAUAGGGAUUCUGGGAUGUCAGCCAGACACAAAGCAGUGAUUGGCCAGACUGUGCUCCUUCCCUGCCCCACCCAGGGUUCCCCUUUCCCCCGCCUCACCUGGCUACUUCCUGGUAACGGGGUCAUUCCAGUGCCGUUUUAUGGCAGCAGGAUGACAGUGCACCGGAAUGGCUCACUGGAGCUGCGUGGGGUGAGGGGGAGUGAUGCCGGCAUGCUGGUGUGUGUGGUGAGCAGUGAAGGUAGGGAGGAGAGGUUGCAGGUCCACCUGGAGGUCUCAGAAGCUCAAGAGACAGCACUCCACAGAGUCUCAGGCCUUCCAGAGAGACCUGCACCAAGGGCCCUAGUUACAGAGAAACCUGUACAAAGGGCCCCAGUCUUACCAGAGUCAGCUCGUCCGAGAGGCCCAGUGCCAAAGCCAGUGGAGAGGGAGCAGCCUGUAGUGGUCAGCAGCAGGUCAGCCUCUCUAGUGAGCAUCAUCAAUGGGGAGAACCUCCACCUGCCCUGCCCCCCUGUCCCUGGUUUCUCCCUGGCUCCCCAGGUAACCCUCUCUUGGACCCUGCCCAGUGGGGUGGUCCUGUCUCGGGGUCAGUCAGGUGGGUCAAGCCGGAUCUCAGUCCUGGAAGACGGGACUCUGACAGUGCUGCAGGCGUCUGUGUACGACCGUGGAUCCUACUCCUGCCGAUCCACCAAUCAGAAUGCCACGUCUGUACUGACCGUGCCAGUCAUCGUCAUCGCCUACCCACCCCGCAUCACCUCUGGACCAUCCCCCCUGACCUACACCCGACCCGGUGUGGCCGUGCAGCUUACCUGCCUCGCCAUAGCAACGCCCCGGGCAACCAUCACCUGGGAGACGCCUGACCAGUCGCAGCUUCAGGUGACAGGUCAGGCCCGUGUCUAUGGUAACCGGUACCUGAGCUCCCAGGGGGCCCUAAUCAUCCAGAACCCCAGCAGUCGGGACACUGGGUUCUACCGAUGUACGGCGCGGAACGUCAUAGGCACGGACACCAAGGCCACCUAUCUGCACGUCAUCUAAUACACCAACACAAACACACCAUUUUCACACAUGCACAACACACACACAUGCACCUGUAAUCUUUGCUGUCACUUUUCCACAUCUUACAUAUAGACAGUGUCCUUCAUGCCCACAGAAACUGCAAACUAAGUGUAGAAAUACUGAUCAACCAAAGAAAGACUCAAAUGUUGAGGUAAAAUGUCUUAUAAACAUAUACAGUAUAUAUCAAACAGGGGAUGGAAAAGGCAGUCAGUGUACAUCUCGUAUCAUUCUGCCAUUAUGCCAUUCUUUCCACUCACUGAUCCUCAGGCUUCAGACAUCAUCACAUUGUGUGUCUGGGCUCUGUGGUAAAGUGGAUAAGCGUGUAAUCAUAUUUGUUGUGUAUGACAUGUAUGAAAUCCUUCCAUUGUAAUGAGCUCUACACUUUAACAUCUACUUGUCUUGUCUAGCUGUGUUGUUUUGUUUGGUUGUUCGGGCCUUCAGCAUAUAAUGAGUCCCACUAUUGUGCUAUUGUGACCAGUGGGAUUAAAUGGGUAUCAAGCUACAAAACGAACUUAGUUCAAAUGGUGCUCAUGAACCUGUCCAUCUCAAGUGACUUCAGGGAACCAAACUAACUGUUAACAUAAACCAUAUAAUCCCAUGUAAGGGAAUAACAUAGCUGUGUACAAAGCUGUCUCUCCCUCCAUCUCGAUGCUACAGCAUAGUAGAGGUGCAAUCGGCUUGGUCUCCUCACAACCCAAUUCUUUACCAUUAACUGAAGAUAGACUGACUUGGGUAAAUGUACAUCAGCUCUUCAACACAAGGAGAAAGUUUCCCAGUGCAUGUAUGGUUACAUCUUAGUUCCAGAUCGCUAGUUUUCUCUCUGUGGGACCAACCCAGAUGUCCAGCCAUGCAGAAUGUAUAUUUCUCAUAUGUAUAAUAUAAACCUGAUUCUAGCCAAGUCUUUUGAAGCAUGAUAUUUGUAUUAAUUACAGCUUGUGAUUUGAAUGCUCGUCCAAGUCUUUUUUGUAACCAAAUGAAAGCUGGUACAGAUCAUGUUUUCAUGAAUAUUCCUUAAAUGUUUUCAUCUCUCUUAAAUUAUUUGUCUUGUAAAGACCCAGAUGUAAAGUGAUGUUAUUUUGUGCCUGUGGCUGUUCUCUUAGUAGUCAUCUAUAAAUGUUGGUUUAUUUUCAGUAGCUUCAUUUUAUAAAUAAAGGACAAAAGG